GGAGGUGGAGGAGGGAGGGAGGAGGGAGGGGCUGGUCAUGGUGAUCAUGGCGAUGGCGGGGCGUAAAAAUUUGUGAUAGCAUCAUCGUGUAUCCGGCGGGGCAAUGGGUGGUUCGGCCGGCCGGUUUUAGGUGGUUCUUGCCCAUUCGUACGGGUACGAUACGGUACGCUGUGUUGGGAAUGAUGUGUAAUGUACAAGUAUUUUGCUUUUCCCCAUCUCCUGCGGUACACAUUUUGGCAUGAUGGGAGGCACGGUGGCCAGUGAGUGGUGGUUGAUAUGAUACGAUACGAUGGAAGGUGGUGUGUGGGAUGAUGUUUUGUGAUAUUAGAUCUGUACCCUCCCGUGAUUCACAUCUUCACAACCACGCGGCGACCGGUACCGUAUGGGAUGGCUUUAUUCCCUCGGCCAGGUUGGUUGAGAAUCGUACCGGGGAGCAAGGGUACCUGCGCGGCUAUCUUUCGAGGAACCCUUUUUCUUCUUCCUCUCCUUCUCCGAGUUGUUGCUGAACCUUGGAAUGUGGUGAUCCGGAUUGAGGAGAAAAGGAACAUGUCACUUUUUCUUCUUCCUUUCUUUUCUUUCCCUUCCUUCCACCUCGGGAGUACAUCUCGAGUAUCAUAGAACGGCCGAGGUCCCGUUUCCUACCCUGCUAUCUUGUUCGUAUCUUACUAUUGGGACAGAUGAAUUGGUAAUCAACUUCAAUAUCGUAAUCAACUAUUCUACCAUCAUUGUCAGCAUCCUUCCACUUUUUCUCCCCCCCGUCCAGGGCCCCCUUUGCUUUCUCUCUCAGACAUCCCCUCUCCACUGCGGAUAGCGGUGUCGGUCGGCUUCCUACACAUCGCUCUCUGGCAAUUUUUGGUUCGUUGGUUUUAGAUUUAAACGGUCCUCCAUUCAAUAGUUUACUCGAGGGACCUGCCGCAUCCAGGACCACAGGAGAGAAGGAAAAAGGAAAUAGGGUGGCAUUAUUCCCAAACGGUCUGGACCUUUCCUUCCCCCCCCCCCUCUCCCGUUCCCGCGACAACCGUUGGACAAGGAAAGGCUUAUCUCUUCCAAUCGAUAAGCAAGACCUUUCGUCACUGCUCGUAAAGGCUAGAGGAUAGGGGGGAAAAAAAAAAAGAAAAAGGUUGGAGGAAUUUAAUCCCUGGCCAGAAUUGUUGCAUUUCAAACCCAUCUUCCUCGUCUUUCAUCAAUCACCCCCCCGUAUAACCUCUCCGGCUUCUGGGGUUCCCCUUUUCGUGCUUUUCGUUAACUUAGAGUAGAGCGUGACACCUCCCCCCCCUGGUGCCCCCCCCUCCAGUCUGGGAUAGGAAAAGAAUAGACGGAAAGGGAAAGACGCUCCUUCUUGUUUGUCCUGUCCGUCUGCUUCGAGGGCAGUCCGAAUAAACACGCCCACCGUUAUACGUAAGCAAUGGGUCUUUUGUAAGUAUGGCUUGAUCCUUGUUUUAGGACAAAAGUGGAGACUACCCGCCCUUCCUUGAGCUUACUGCAUUUCCCUUUUGGAAAGGAUAUUGUGUGAAUCCUUUGCUGACGGGGCCAAUUACUGGGUUUUGCAGAGCACUUGGAACGCCUCUCCCCUGGGAUGAAGCGAGGAAACAUGCGGACCAGGUCCGGGACCUGGGAAUCAAGGCAUUAAGCCGAGUCCAUGUGGGCGGCCGGGUUACUGUAUGCUGACAGGUGCACUACAGCAACUUCUUCAGAUAUGGAACAAAUAUAGGAAGAAUGAGAGGGAUGUUCUCCUAUGGGGUGACGAGGUUUGUUGUGCAUUGCAUGCAUCACACUGUGCCGGCACGUCUAACGAUGCUAGAUCGAAUAUCUCGUUGUUGCCUAUGACGAGGAAACCAAGAACGCCUGCCUUUCCCUUAGACAAGCCGAGAUUCUCGCGGAAUUGGCAAAGGACGAGAACCUACGGAAGGCUGGAGGAGGUGUGCCAGAUGUCCAGGAGCCGGCAGAGUGGGUCUAGACCCUCCGGGUUGCACGAGCGGUAGUAUUGAUUUUAUAGUAUUUCCGAGCCGCUCCCCACUUUCCACCCCGAAUUCGGGCGAUUCAUGUUGGAAGCCACGCCAGGGGCUCCAUUCGGUUUGACAUGGAAGGAUUUGCUGGCCGUUGAGGGGAAUAUGAAGCUCAGGUGCGCCUUCGUCGUCGCUCAUUAGGGGAGGGGAUUAUUGAUGAGCUGUUUCUUCCCCACAGGAGGGCUAUAGCCAAGGAGCACAUGGCCGAAAAUGAGGCCCCCAUAACGUUAACCUCUUUCCCCAUGCUGGGAACUAAAGGGGUCUUCACGCAGCCGUACUACCCGUCCACGGGGUCUCAGUCUAGGAGUCAAUUUAUCCCUGAUGAGGCAAUUAAUCCUCAUAUUCGCUUCCCGACCCUUGCGGCCAACAUCAGGUCUAGACGUGGCAUGAAAGUAGCCAUCAAUAUGCCCGUUUUCUAUGAUGAGAAUACUCCCCGCCCGUUUAAUGACCCAACUAUAGACUACGAUAGGCGUCUCUACCCCGAGGACGACGAUGUUAGAAACGGGGCUGCGAAGGAGGGGCAUAUUUACAUGGAUGCCAUGGGUUUCGGAAUGGGAUGUUGUUGUUUACAGAUCACGUUCCAGGCCAAAAAUAUCACCGAGGCUAGGCAGUUGUAUGACCAAUUGUGCCCUCUGGGGCCCGUAAUGUUGGCCUUGACUGCUGCGUCUCCGAUAUUCAAGGGAUUUCUGGCCGAUGUCGACGUGCGUUGGAAUGUGAUCUCUGGGGCAGUUGAUGAUCGUACGGAGGAAGAGAAGGGUUUGAAGGUCAGCCUACUCAGGAUUUAUCCAAUAGGAGAUUGCCGGAGAACCCCAUCCACAGCUAACUCGAUAAUAGCCCCAGAAGCAUAGCCGCUACGUGAUACCAAAAUCACGCUACGAUUCUGUGUCGACUUAUAUAUCACAGGACCCUGCACUGCGUUCGGAAUACAACGAUCUGGAUCUAGUGAUCGAUAAAGAUAUCGAGCAGAGGCUUGUGGGUAACGGUUCGAGACCCCCCCCCUGUAUGAAUGUGGGUGAGGUGAAUGUCGGUUCCAGUGGAAGCUUACAUCACAGGUGUCUAGGCAUGGAUGAACGCCUUGCAACUCACUUUGCUCAUCUGUUCAUUCGGGACCCCUUAGUCAUCUUCCAAGAGACGCUGAACGAGUCCCCUGAUGACAAGGCAGAUCAUUUCGAGGUUAGUAUGCGUGCAUCCCCCACACUUCAUGGGCUGCAUUCCUUGGCUAACAGUUGGCCUGGAAGAACAUCCAAUCCACAAACUGGCAGCAUAUGCGUUUCAAGCCUCCCCCACCCGGUGGGGGCAUCGGGUGGCGGGUAGAGUUCCGGAGUAUGGAAAUUCAAGUGACUGACCACGAGAAUGCUGCCUUUGCGAUAUUCAUUGUGCUGCUCACUCGCGCGAUUCUCUCCUAUGGAUUGAAUUUCUACAUUCCGAUAUCGAAGGUGGAGAGCCCCCAUACUUGUUGAGAAGCGGCGGGAAGCCGCACAAUCCGAUCGCUAAUCCCGAGCGCCAAUCCAAUUGUAGGUUGACGAGAAUAUGGCGACAGCGCAUCGCCGAGAUGCAGUCUUGACGGAGAAAUUCUGGUUCCGCAAGAACCUAUUCCCACCGCGCAAGCCAGUCACCAAUGGCUCUCAGACUCCCGCUCCAUCAUGUCCGGGGACGCCACCGCCUGUGGAGGACGAGUAUACACUGAUGACCAUCGACGAGAUCAUGAAUGGACGGCAGGAUGAGUUUGUUGGCCUGAUUCCGCUGAUAGAAAGUUACUUGAACACGGUCAACGUUGAUGUUGUUACCCGGUGCGAAUUGGCCGGAUAUCUGAGUUUGGUCUCGAAACGGGCGAGUGGAGAACUGCAGACCGGCGCAACUUGGAUAAGGGAAUUUGUGCGCAAUCACCCGGAUUACAAGAAGGACAGUGCCGUGAGCCAGGGCAUUAACUAUGAUUUGAUAAAAACAGUGGAGGCUUUGGGGAACGGGCAGGGGCGUGAAGCAGGAUUAGGCGAUAAGUUGUUGGGAAAACCCAAUUAACUUGCGUGAUUGCGAAUUAUGGAGCCGAUCUGUCCAAGUCCAUGCUGUUUUCGGGAGAUCGUGAGAACAUGCACUCUUUUUUUCCUGCUAUUUUCUUCACGUCUCUUACGAGCUUUCGUUGCUUUUUUGUAGAAUAGAUUCCCACACUACCCUCCCGGUAGCUUUCCCUCUCUUCCAACAUCCUUUCCUUGCCCCGUACGGUUACAAAACUUGUGGAGGGUUCCGCAGUUUCCUAGGUAGGCGGAACGAGCGCUUGCUAUAUCCUAAUUCAUUCAUUCGCUCAUACAAGUACCGUUCUGUAUCAUACCCUGAUUAGAAAAAAGUGCCCUGAGGUAAUAACGAAAU